AUGUCUACCCCGACAAUCAAAGUCCUGGGUGUGUCUGUGGCAGAGGCAUCCGGGUCGAGUACUGACAAGAAAGUGAAUUCUCGGUCGACAUUGAGAUUGCAUGGACGAGUUACUGUCUACAACCAAGAUGGCACUUUCGACACAGUCCGCAUACGGCUACAGGGCGCUGUACGCACCCAGAUAGGGUCGCAGGUUGCGCUUGAGAAGAUUCCUGCCACCAGCGUUACCAAGACGAACCUCGAUUUCAAGCCCGUCUAUUCCACAACUCGACAGCUGACCGAAGAACAAUAUUUGGACUUUACAUGUGCUGUUCCGACUCCCAGACAUGGCGCCCCGGAAGCAUUCGUGCCUUCAAUGACGCUGUCCGGCACCACAUACCUCACUAAAGUCACAGCGCUGACGAACAGAGAGCUGUUGCAAGGCUCCUGUGAGGUGCUUUACACCCUCGAGGCGGACUUCCUGCGAUCGGAGACCAGUAAGCUGGUACGCAGGAUCAGCUGUCCCGUCGACAUCUCAUCGAGCCUGGCUCCUCUGCGUGCCGAGGUGACAUCCUCGGGUCCAUCCGACAGGGUAGAGAAACUUGCAAAACCGCAACUGCGGUCCCUGAACAGGUUUCGCGGGACUCAGUCGCAGCCAGGAUUGUCGAUCGAGGUACCGAAGAUGCUUGGAUGCAUCGUCCCUGACGCCUCAACUGUAUCCACUGGCUGCCGGCGGCUCACGGUGCCCAUCUUGGUCAACGUCUCGCUGCCGUCAAACGUUCGGCGGCAGUCGCAAUCCCUCUUAGAAAAUGAACAGCUGAAACUUUCUGUGAAGGCGAAGUGGUUCACGAGGAGGACGUUCACCACCGGCUCUUCUGCCGUGGAAUCUACUAUCCACAGUGAUCGGGUCUCGACUCAAAACUACGCUGUUACCCUGCCGCCGUUGUACAAGUCCAGCACCGAAAGCUCGAAAUACACAACCACAGUCGAGCUGGACCUCCUCCUGCCCGAAUCCAUCUUAACACCGACCAUCUCCACCGACAUCCUGAACAUCAAUCACACACUCGACCUCAACAUGAAGUUUGAGACCAGCGGGGACAACUUGUUGAGGAGUUCUUUCACCACCAACUUCAGUCUGCCAGUCGCACUUGGUGCUUCGCAGGCGAAUUCGAUGGUCAGCCUGCGCACCUUCGACCUUCUUCUGGGACUUGUUGAGGAGCAAUUUCUUUUCGCUCCGCCACCAUACGUGUACUAA